GGCGUACUAUCCGUCGUCUCGUAGUAUUACUAGCACAUAUCCAUGUCCGUUCGCUGCCCGUAACGCAAACAUAUCGAAUCAGAAAUUUUCACGGGACAUUUUGGCCGCUGAAAUGUGCCGAACUGUCGUUCCGGAUCGUUCAGUUGGCGCGAAUCGUACGGUUUCCGGGUUAUGAAGUGGUUUCGUGGCGGUUGGAGGUUAAAGUGAUGAAGACUUGAAAACGAUGACGUUUAGGCAAAGGGGCCCAGGGCCCCCGUGGAUUUUUAUAUUUUGUUUUUGUGCCGUCUUUCAGUUGUUCAGUAGCUUCGCCGUCGCUGAGAAAAGCAAACAUUAUUCCAUGCAAUCACUAUGUAAAACUCAUUAUCUCCAGCAGCUGUAUCGUAAAAUAGACGGAGCCGUCCUCUAUUCGAAAAACGAACGCAACCUGGACUGCGUGAUCACAUUCCAGACGCACUCCAUCCUCCAGCGGUUCAUGCUGAGAUUCGACGUACUCCAGCUCGACUGCAACGACCAUCUCUACAUCUACGAUGGGGCGCACGCCGUCGGAACCUACAAGUUCGAUUUGUCGUGCAAGAACACGAAGCAAACAUUGGGCGCCAUGUUCACGAGGACCAACUACGUGACGCUGAAAUAUGUAACGGACGCCUGGGGCACAGACUCUAAUGGAUUCAGGCUCGUCAUAACCGCCGUCAAAGAUCUCAAACACGCUUGCACCGAGUUCAGAUGCCAACUGCGGGAGUUUUGUAUAGCAACGGAUCUCGUCUGCGACGGCAUCAAUCAUUGCGCCGACGGGUCAGACGAAUCAGCUGCCAACAGCCUGUGCCAAAGCAAUGAUAGCGGGACCAUUCUCGGUUUAGAAGUCACGUGGUUCGUUGUAGUAGUCAUCAGUACCCUGUUGGUACUACUGGUAAUGAUCGUCGCCGUCUCCAUUUGCAUAUGCAGGAAGGGUUGGAACUCACGCCCCGGAAACGGGACUGUGCAACAGCAAAAUUCCGCCUCAUACUCACUGCAACAGAUGUACGGCUCGAACGGCGCAAUGAAGCCGGGCGCUAGCAUGACCACGCUGACGAACGUGGUCGGCUCGUGCGGCAUAACGACGGCGACGCAGCAGGGAAACUGGUUGCACCCUGCGGGCCCACUCGGGUUCCGAUUCAGCAUGCAGGUCCGGGCCCGCCUCUACUGCCAGGCAAAGUGAUGCACCAGUCGGCGCCCGCCAACGGCGGCCACGGUGGCGCCCUAGACGCCGCCCACGCUGACUCGAUGGCGCAGACGCAGAAAGACGAGUGGUUCGUCUAGCAGUAGAUAUGACCGGACCGUGGUCUGCAGGGUGUGCCAGGCGGUGAACCCAACGCCUGGACAAAAACUCCAUUUAAUGCAGUGCACUACGACAAUAUACGUGUUCAUCAUCAUUAUCAUGUGUUACUCUGGAAACUGUAAGACUUGGUACAUAUAUAAUAAAUAGAAUAUAUCUUAGCCUCCGCCGAAAUAAAACGCAGCCACGGUGGCAUCAAAUGUGUGUGGUGCGUUUUCAUUUGCGGCCGAUAAUUUUAUAAUGUCUCGAUUAAUCUUCCUGUUUUGUUUUGCAAUAAUCAAUAAUGAAUGUAAAAUAUCGUGCUAAUACAAAGCUUAAGAUCGACGGAUUUCGCCUUGGAUACAAUUUCGCGCAAUAAUGAGUAAAUUCAGUUAAAAGUAUUUAACACAAAUUACCUAAAUUUUAUUGAUAAUGUCAAUCAAAGUACUUAAAAAUAAAAAUUAUAUAUAAUAAUAAUAAUAAAUAAUUUUUUUAAAUUAAAUUUAUAAACCACUUAAGUACAUAUAUAGAAAAUAUAAAUUCGAUAAUUUUUUUCUGUGAGAGACAAUAUACUAUUUAUUUAAUGCAGUUUAGACAAUGUAUUGUAAAAUAUAGUCUAUUGUAGAAAAUUAUUAGAACGACUCGAUUCUCAAGACGCGGUCGAGGGUGUUGUAAAUUUUUUUGUGAAUAAACUCAGAAUUGGUAAACGUUUGAUUUUUGACGAAGAGUUUUGUGAAACGCUCCAGCAGUACUGCCCCAAAAAUUGCAAAUUCGAAAAUUUAAAUAAUUGGCGCGGUUUGGACGAGGAAGUUUUCGAAUUUCCAAUAACCUUAAUGGAAAGCUUAGGAUGUAUAAAAAACGCACAGCCUCUAGUAAUAUAAGAUCAACACAAUAUGUCAUAUUGACGUGACAUAUACUCAAAAGGGACCCAAUUGUGAACGGUACAGUAUUCGAUAAAAUUAAACGCUUUUAGGCCCUUUUGAGAGCGCCAAUAAUUUUUUAAAUGUAAGCUAGGAUUAUAAAGAAAGCACUCUUCAUUGUAUAGCACAAAUGGACUUCAGUCCUUCGAUGGACUUCUUACUAUCAUGCUGUCAUUUUGUCUACCUAUUGAUCCAUUUCUUGUAAAUGUAUAGAACAAUAACUAACCAUAAUCUAUGAUAAUAGAUAAGGUUCAAGUACUUUCGGAACCUUUGCCCCAAUUUUCGAUAAGACAUGUUAUAUAACGUGAGCAAGGAGUUUUGGCGCAAAGGUGAUAAAUUCCAGUGUAUCUCUAAAAUAUUUCGUACAUUUUUUUACUAUAGUAAAAUAUAUCUGAGUAUGUUUGUAUACAUAUCUUGACUAGCAAAAUAAAUAGUUUAAAAAUUUUAGGAAAGCUUUAAUCGCAAAAAUAAAAACGAACAUAGAGAAGCUUUAUUUGUAAAAAAUAGUAUGCUUGCUAUAUUAUGUGACUCGCGCGAAAAUUACUACACCUUGAUCUUUUCUUAGUUUGACUUUAACAAAAUGGUUGCAAGCAAUGUAGAGACAUAUCCUUAGUACAGAACAUAUCAUGAAAUCACAGUACAAUAAUUUUUGAUGAUUUUCUCGCGAGUUUGAAAUUAAAUUUUAUGUACAUUAUGCGCAAAGAGCAAUUGUUUAGGAUAUAGACUCCAUAUCUGGAUGUAAUAGUCACACAUCGUAAUUAUAGGCGUCCGUUGAAAAUAUGAACGGUUAUACCAUAUCAAACGGGUGGACCUUGUGAAAAGUUUUAAAUAUUCGGUUUUCAUUGAUAAGAACCAAGACUUUUUAUUGUGACAUACUGAAUAUGAGAAUAUUUUUAUAUAUCACAGGAUGGUUUACAAUAACAUUUGAUAUUGUACUUUUAAAUUUUACUGUUUAAGAUUUUUCAUGACGUUCACGUUUAAGUGUUUCUUUCCACUUUCGGCAAAUAUUCUUCAAAAAAGAAAAUCUCUCAGAAUAUUUGUUGGUUGAUUUUUUUCAGCAGCUAAUCAUUUUUAUAAUGAACUUUAAACCAAUUCCAAUGAUUAAAUCAAUUUUCAGUAUAAAAAUGAUAGAUCAAUGACACUGUUGACCAAAAUGUUAGAAAAGUUUACAGUCUUUAGUCUUUAUUAAAUGAAUUGUAUGUGUGUGUUCUUCAUGGAGUACAGAAAAUGUUUAUUUAAUAAAAAAAUUCAUAAAAAUUGUUUUUUAA